GAGAUAAAUCCAGAAUUCUCUGCUGCGAUAAAAGACGUUUUUAAUUUCGAAGUGGAGAAUGUAGAUUUUUCGAAGAACAUCGAAACAGCAAACGAAAUGAAUAAAUGGGUUGAAAACCAAACCGAUCAUCGUAUUAAAAAUUUAGUGGCUGCUAAUGAUUUAGAUGCCAGUACCUGCAGUAUUCUUCUGAACGCUAUUUACUUCAAGGGUAAUUGGAACCGUCCUUUCGACAAGGAAAAUACCAAGGACGAAGACUUUCACGUCUCCAAAGACCAGACCAUCACGGUUCCAAUGAUGCAUAACAAUACUCUAUUCAAAUAUGCCAAAAGUAGUGAAUUAAACGCUCAGUUGUUAGAAAUGCCGUAUAAACGACACGAAGCCACUUUUAUCGUGAUUUUGCCCAACGAAGUGGACGGCCUUACAGCUCUCGAAGACAAACUCAGAGAUCCUACUGCUUUGGAAAAGGCCAUGUUGCAAAUGAAUAUUUAUGACGUCAAUGUAUCUCUGCCCAGAUUUAAAAUUGAAUCCAAAAUUGAUCUCAAGGAUGUACUUGCAAAAAUGAAAGUGAACCGUAUUUUUGACCCCGAACAAGCCCAAUUAAAUCGUUUGUUAAAGAACAAAUACAAUUUGUACGUGAGUAAAGCCAUCCAAAAGGCAUUCAUUGAAGUCAAUGAAAUAGGUACCGAAGCAGCUGCUGCUAAUAAAUUUGAGCUUAUGACAGGUUGGGCAGGACCCUCUCCUACAUCAUCGUUCAUUGCCGAUAAACCGUUUUACUACGGUUUGAAUAUUGGCCAUACAACUGUACUUUCAGGAAGAUAUAUGGGUCAAUCUACAGACACGCGAAGUUCCUGUCCGUGCAAACUUUCUGCUACCCCCGCGGCGGAUCUGUUGGCAGGCUCCGCCGCAACAACUAACCCGGAGUCCCUUAGAGCGCCAAUCGCACGGGCCAACCGCCACUGCAUCAUCUUAAGCGGCGCAACCCCGCCAGGAUUGCGGAGGACAGGAAGAGCGGCAACGACACACCGAGACGUCUCCCCUCCGCGACCUUCCUCCCAGCGCGCAAUCCGCGCGGUCCCGUUGACCAGACGAGUCCGCGCGGAACACCCUUCAUAUCGGGCCAGCCUACCAGCCAUGGCACAGCAAGAUGUGAAAGAACUGGACCAAUUUCUUGAGAAAGGAAACAACCAAUUUACCGCAAAGAUGUACUGUGAAGUGAUAAGAGCUAACCCAUGCAAAAAUAUGGUAAUGUCUGCAUUUUCUGCGUUGGUUCCUUUGGCCCAACUUAGCUUAGCGUCUGAAGGCGCAUCCCAUGAUGAGCUUCUUCAAAUCAUUGGUCUCCCCAACGACAACACUACAAAAGUUGUAUUUAGUAAUCUAAAUAAAAAGUUACAAGCUAUAGAAGGAAUUGUGCUCAAAACAGCUAGCAAAAUAUAUGUUGCUGUGGCAGCUGAAUUAAAUCCAGAAUUUUCUGCUGCGAUAAAAGACAUCUUCAAUUCCGAAGUGGAGAAUGUAGAUUUUUCGAAGAACACCGAAGCAGCAAACAAAAUGAAUAGGUGGGUUGAAAACCAAACCGACCAUCGUAUUAAAGAUUUAAUAUCUGCUAAUGAUUUAGACGCCAAUAUCAGCAGCAUUCUUCUAAAUGCUAUUUACUUCAAGGGUAAUUGGAACGAACCCUUCGAGAAGGAAAAGACAAAGGAAGAAGACUUCCAUGUCUCCAAAGACCAGACUAUCACGGUUCCAAUGAUGCAUAACAAUGCCAAAUUCCUAUAUGCUAACAGCAGUGAAUUGAACGCUCAAUUAUUAGAGAUGCCUUAUAAACGACAUGAAGCCACUUUUAUCGUGAUUUUGCCCAACGAAGUGGACGGCCUUACAGCUCUCGAAGAAAAACUCGGAGAUCCUGCUGCUUUGGAUAAAGCCGUGUUACAAAUGAAGAUUUAUGACGUCAAUGUAUCUCUGCCCAAAUUUAAAAUUGAAUCCAAGAUUGAUCUCAAGGAUAUCCUUGAAGAAAUGAAAGUGAAACGUAUUUUUGACCCUAAACAAGCCCAAUUAAAUCGUUUGUUGAAGAACCAAUAUGAAUUAUAUGUGAAUAAAGCCAUCCAAAAGGCAUUCAUUGAAGUCAAUGAAAUAGGUACCGAAGCAGCUGCUGCUAACGAAUUUGAAUUAAUGGUAGGUUCGGGACCACCCGCUCCUAAAUCAUCAUUUAUUGCCGAUAAACCGUUUUACUACGGUUUGAAUAUUGGUCAUACAACUAUACUUUCAGGAAGAUAUACGGGUCUUUCUACGAAUGACCAAGAUUCCUGUUCGUGCCGUUAGUAACUGAGAUAGGUAAGGUUAUCAAUCUACAUGUGCAUUAUCACAUUUCCAUAAAAUACAUAAUUUCUAUUAUAAUUUCUGCCUUAUUUAAAAUUAUAUGUAUUUUAUAGUUGGGGAAUUAACAGAAAGGCCCAAUCAAAGUCGCCAAAGUUGCACAAUACAUUUCAUUUUGAAUUGGCCUAGUGGCCUUAAGCGCGUUACCCAACGUAACUCUUUACUAGCGUAAAAAGGUCUUAUCUCUUGUUUUAUUUUAAUAGGUUUAUGUUUCACCAGAGUCGCACCUAGUGAUAAGUGUAGAUAUGUUUACUGUAAAAUAUUCGUUCCAUAUUAGGCAGUUUUAUGUUU